AUGGCUUCGUUGAGGUUCCCAAGAUCUUGGCACCAAACCCCAAGGGCGCGCUACGAUCCCCACAGGGGCAACCGAGGACCCAAUGGCUGCCGCUCAAUGCAACCUCGAGCGACUGAAGAGCCGCAACCACCACUUCUGAUGAAGCUAGCGCGAGGACGGCACAUCCCAGGGUUCGAGACGACUGAUCGACGUGGGGUUUCAGACUGCCAGUGCACUUCCGGGAACCUACGAACUUCCGGGUUCGUGAAGCGCGCCAGCUGCCGCUGUUGA